AUGGUGGUUCACGGCCACGAUACCACUCUUCCGAUUACGCUCGAUGAGAUGUUGGUGCAUUAUCGUGCGGUGGCGCGUGGUUCAAAACGGUCGUUGCUCGGCGGUGACCUUCCUUUUGGUACCUAUGAAUCCUGCAGCAAUCAGAAAAGUGAAGGAAAUCAACAGCAUGGUUUUGGAGAGAUGAAUAGCCAUAGAUACAGCAGUCAGGGUGCUGAUGCAAUCAAAUUAGAAGGUGGGGCGCCAUCAAGAAUCACAGCUGCAAAAGCCAUUGUCGAAGCUGGAAUUGCAGUUAUGGGGCAUGUGGGGCUUACCCCUCAGGCCAUUAGUGUUCUUGGAGGGUUUAGGCCUCAAGGAAGAACGUUGCUGGUUGUGGAGACUGCCUUGGCUUUGCAACAAGCUGGGUGUUUUUCUGUUGUUCUGGAAUGUGUGCCUGCUCCUGUGGCUGCUGCGACUACAUCUGCUCUUCAGAUACCCACUACUGGAGUUGGGGCUGGGCCUUUUUGCGGUGGGCAGGCGCUUGUUUACCAUGAUCUACUUGGAAUGCUACAACACCUUCAUCACGCCAAGGUUAGUCCCACAACUGUUAUUCCGGUUACCCCAAAGUUCUGUAAAACAGUAUGGGCAGGUUGGCGAUAUUAUCAACAAAGCUCUUUUGGAGUACAAGGAAGAAGUGGCCAAUGGAUCUUUCCCGGCCCUGCCCAUAGCCCAUAUAAGAUCAGUGCUGCUGAUGUUGUAGGUUUUUUAAAUGAACUGCAGAAGCUAGGUUUGGAAAAGGCAGCAUCUGCAGUUGCUACGGCAAUUGAGAAGAUUGAGACCACUGAUGGAGGUAGCCCAAGAAGGGGAUAA